CCGAAGGCCUCCCGCUCCAGCUCCUCCUUUUUGUCCCGGGCCGGGUCCUUUGCCGCCUCCUCACCGCCCGGGCCAGCCUCUCCUCCUCUAGCUGCUGCUUCUGCCGUCGAUGCCGAGCUCGGAGGCCGCCCCUCUCCGGGGCACGUGCCCGGGGAUGUGCCCGGCCGAGGAGUUCGCGCGGCGGCGCCGGGAAGGCCGCCUGCACCGGCUGGAGCUGGGCGCGGGGCGCGAGGCGGACCCGGCACUGGCCGUCAAGGAGUACUCGCGCCCGGCCGCCGGCAAGGCGCCCCCGCGGCCCGAAGAGCUGCGCCCGCCCGACGUGCUGCUGGCCACAGUCCGGCAUCUGCUGGACCGGGAGGACCGGGCAUCGGACGCCGGGGACUCCGCCGAGGCUGCGGAGCGCGGCGCCUUCGUAACCGACCGGCUGCGCGCGGUGCGCCUGGACGCGGCGCUGCAGCGGCUCCCCGGCGCGCCCUGCGCCGCCCUCCACGAGCGCGCCCUGCUUUGGCUGCUCCGCGCCGGGACGCGCCUCUGCGCCCAGCCGCCCGCCCGCUUCGAUGCCCACCUGCACCGCGCCCACCUGCAGGAGACCUUCGCCGCCCUCCGCCGCGCCUACCGGGAGCACGAGGACGGAGCCCGGCCCGCCGCCCAGCCCCGCUUCCAAGCCCUCUUCCUUCUCUACAACCUGGGCUCUCCAGUCGCUCUUUGGGAGACCCUCCAGCUCCCCGAUGCCAUCCGAGCCUCCCCAGAUGUCUCCACGGCGCUGGCCAUCAACUGGGCCUUCCUGGAGCGGAAUUUUGCCCGCUUCUUCCGCCUGGCCCAGGAGCUGCCUUACCUGCCCAGCUGCGCCCUUCACCCCCACCUGGCUGGGGCCCAGCGCCUGGCCUUGAUGACCUUCAGCCACGGCUUCAGCGCCAGGAACUCCCGCUACCCGCUGGCACGGCUGGCACGGCUGCUGGCCACAGACAGCGUGGAAGAGGCGGCGGACUUGUGCCAGGCCCACGGCUUGACCGUGUUGGAGGGGGACGUGGUCUUCCAGAAGGGCUCCUUCAAGGACAGUGUGCCUUUGGUGCAUAAGCCUUCCCGCCUGCUUGUGGAUGGUAAAUGGGGGGAGUCUACUCUGCUGGAGCUCUCGGAAAGGGUCUGCAGCUGACCCCCUUUGGAAUGACUCUGUGUGCAUGAGCUGAGACUGGAAAGGGGUUUGUAGCUCAGGGUUUUCCCCCUAGGGUAGUUAGACUGGCUCU